AUGAAGUUGCAGUGGACAUCGGGGCUCCUGCUGGGGGCAGCCGCUGUGGACGCCUUUAAACCCGCGGAAUUUUCCUAUGAAUCCUCUGAGGCCGAGUGUGUCGAGAUUGCCAAAUCGGCGAAUGGCGCGGUUAUGUACCAGUCUCCUCCCCCGAAUUCAACGCCCCUCGCCAAGUCGAACCCGGAGGACCCAGAUGAAAAUUGGGUGGUCGAAUGCUCCAGUCAGUAUAAGGGGUAUGCGUGUGAUUAUGCGAUCGAUGAUCACGACGACAGAUACUGGGUGAGCAACCCAAGCCAAGGAGAGACUUCGGAGAUCAUCGUCGAUCUCCGCAAGCGGCAUUAUGUCUCCGGUCUGACCAUGUUGCCUCAGCUGGACAAGGCGAGCAAACAUGGACAGAUUGGCGAACACCGCAUCUAUCUCUCUCAGGACAAGGAUACGUGGACCCAAGUCGCAUACGGUACCUGGGGAUCCAACAAGAGUCCGAAGAUGUCCGCCUUUAACCCUAAACUGGCUCAAUAUGUCAAGCUGGUGUCGGAUACCGCUUCCCGUCCCGAUAAGACACAGAAGGCGCACGGGCAAAUCUCGAUCGUCAAUCUCAGUGUUUACGCGUAUGACGGUGACACUUACCCCGAAGACAAUCCCAGCCAGGGUGUCUGGGGGCCGACGAUCGAUCUCCCGAUCGUGCCUGUAUCCUCCGCAGUCGAGCAACACGGCGACCUCAUCAUGUGGUCUGCCUGGGCGGACGACCAGUUCUUCGCCUCGCCCGGUGGGAAGACCCUGACCAGCACCAUGAACCGCGACGGCGUGAUCACCCAGAGUACCGUCUUCGAAACCAACCACGACAUGUUCUGUCCCGGCACCUCCAUGGAUAUCGAUGGCAACAUCGUCGUCAGCGGUGGUGCAGACUCCGGUCGCACCAGUAUCUACAAUGGCACCGCAUGGGUGAAAGGCCCUAGCAUGGCGAUUCCCAGAGGAUAUCAGUCGUCGACGACCCUGUCCGACGGUCGCAUCUUCGUGAUCGGAGGGUCUUGGAGCGGUGGUGACAAGAUUGAUAAGAACGGCGAGGUCUACUAUCCCUUGCCUGAUGGCAAGGCCCGAUGGGAAGUACGCCCGGGUGCCGAGGUGGAACCGAUGAUGACCGACGACCGGAAGGGUCAAUGGCGGGCCGAUAAUCACGCCUGGCUCUUUGGCUGGAAGAAGGCGAGUGUCUUCCAGGCCGGUCCGAGCAAGGAGAUGCAUUGGUACGAUGUCGACGACGAAAACACUGACCAGCAAGGUAGGCGUAGCGUCAGAGGUUCCGUGCACAGUGCUGGACUCCGUGGAAGAGACCGCGACUCCAUGUCUGGCAGUGCGGUCAUGUACGAUGCGACUCAGGGUAAAAUUCUCACAUUUGGUGGUCAACGGCAUUACGACGGCUCCUUUGGUUCGAAGAACGCCCAUCUCAUCACUCUUGGAGAGCCCUAUCAACGCCCCGUCGUGAAGGUGGCUGGUAAAGGCCCCAACGGUAAAGGGGAGGGCGGAAUGCAUCACCAGCGUGUGUUCCAUACCUCGGUGGUUCUUCCUGAUGGCACGGUAUUCAUUGCAGGUGGCCAGACCUGGGGCCAGCCCUUCCAUGAAGACAACAUUACCUACACGCCCGAACUCUACGACCCCAAGACGGACACCUUCGUUGAGCUGGGCCGCAACAACAUCAAGCGCGUGUACCACAGUAUUUCGAUGCUGCUACCCGACGCUACUGUUCUCAAUGGUGGUGGCGGCCUCUGUGGCAACUGCUCUGCCAACCACUACGAUGCCGAGAUCUUCAGACCCCCGUACCUCUUUGCGGCCGACGGCGAGCCAGCUGUUCGCCCGGAGAUCACCAGAAUGAUUAACGGGAAUGUGCUUACCGUGGGCGGGCAGGUCGCCUUCCAGACUGACUCGGAAAUCGAGUCUGCAUCCUUAGUCCGUGUUGGCACUACAACGCAUACCGUCAACACCGAUCAGCGUCGUGUUCCCCUGAAGGUCACGGGUGCAGCUGGAAACAAGUACAGCGCUGACCUGCCCGAGGACGCCGGUGUCAUCCUUCCUGGGUGGUACAUGUUGUUCGCCUUGAAUGGUGAAGGCACUCCCAGUGUGGCUCAGAUGGUCAAGGUUGAACUGUCCUCUAUUCCUAAGUGGCCGAGCAACAAACCCAGCUGGGAACAAUCGGAGCAGCUUUCCUCUGAGUCUCUCGGGGAUGCCCAUGAUUGCGACCACGAAGAAGAAAUCAAGGGAAUGAUUUCCAAUCUCCUGGCUUCGUCCAGCAAGUUCUGGAAUACCUGGAAGCCUGCCCUGCUCACCCAGGCUUAA